CUAUAGUGAUUUUGAUGAUAUUUAUAUUUUCAAUUUUUGCUUCUGCUUGUGGAUAUUUAUUCUAAAAUAAAAAUGAGCUACGUUCUUUGCCCAGAGAUACCAGCUCCUGGUUUUUCUUUCGAUAAUUGUAAAAGAAAUGCUACACUGGAAAGCAAAGGAUUCGCUGUACCGAAAGCAAUAAAAACUGGUACAACCAUUGUAGGAAUAACUUAUAAAGAUGGAGUCAUACUUGGAGCUGAUACUCGCGCAACAGAAGAUACCACUGUUGCCGACAAGAACUGCGAAAAAAUUCACUAUCUGGCACCUAAUAUGUAUUGUUGCGGAGCUGGAACUGCUGCAGAUACUGAAAUGACAACUCAGAUGGUAGCAGCACAAUUGGAGUUGCACAAACUUUAUACAAAUAGGGAAUCUAGAGUUGCAACUGCCAAUCAACUUUUAAAACAGUACUUAUUUAGUUAUCAAGGUUAUAUAGGAGCUGCUUUAAUUCUAGGAGGAGUGGAUAUAGAAGGCCCCCAUUUGUACAUGAUUCAUCCUCAUGGUUCUAGUGUGGAUCUACCAUACGGAACCAUGGGAUCUGGAUCAUUGGCUGCUAUAGCAGUAUUUGAAUUGGGUUGGAAGCCUGAUAUGGAGGAAGAAGCAGGAGUUCAACUUGUAAGAGAUGCUAUAGCUGCUGGUAUUUUCAAUGACUUAGGAUCUGGUUCUAAUGUUGAUAUUUGCGUUAUUCGCAAAGGAUCAGUAGAUUACAAGAGGACAUAUGAUGAGGCAAAUAAAAAAGGUGUGAAACAAGGAUCAUACAAAUAUCCCAGAGGUACCACUGCAGUUUUGUCCACUAAGGUUUUAGAUGUAGAGGAGGUAUCUGUAACUCCCAUAGAGGCCGAAAGGAUGGACGUUGUUUAGUUAAGAUUUCUAGUUUAUAAAUAAAUUCAAUGUCAACUUAUUUUAUUUGGUAUUAUUUAAUAUAAAAAUUAUUAAAGAAAUUGUUUUUAUAAAUAAAAUACCAUUACAAAAAGGAAAAUCAUUUAAAAGAAACAUUCUAUUGUUACUCCCUUUUACUUUGGUUUGUAA